AUCAGACCUCAACUGCCCACUCAGCACACUCAAAUCUCUCAUCGCCUUCUUCAUGAGAAUCUUCUGAUAAAAUUCUCAAGAACCCUAAUUUCUUCAAAUCUUCUCAAAUUUCUGAGAAAAUGAAGGUUGUCGGUGCAAAUGUCCACUUCCAGAAGUUAGAAGCCAAGUGCUCAUCACCAACAUUCUUUCAAAGCUAUCUGCAAAUGAUAGCCGCUCAAGAACUCUCCGAAUUUCUUCAAAUGGAGAUUCGCCUCAAAUUCGAGGAAGAAGUUCUGGAAUUCUACAUAAAUGGAGAGGUCAAAACUGCUCAUUCAAAGAAGAACCCACAGAGGACGUUUCCAGUCAUCAAGUCCACUGUUGGAGGUACAAAAGUGAAGCUUUCGCAAAAGAAAUUGGGAGAAAAGCUUCGCCUUCCCAAUUUUGGAAUUGAAGUUGGGAAAUUUCCAGUCAAAAAUCUGGACUGGAACAUCAUUGGAAUCUCUGGGCAAGUUCCUUCUGGCCCAGCAAAGAAAGCAGAUCUAAACAACGAUUACAAGUUGGUUUUGGAACUGGUCAUCGCUUGCCUCGAGUGUGGAAGUGGAGGUCAUGCCGAUGACAUCACCCAGGAGAGAGCCUUCAUCAUCAACUCUCUCAUUACCAAAACUAAG